ACUAAAAAUUUUUCAUAUGUAACAAUGAUUUUUUAAUUUAAUAUAUAAGCAGGUAUAAUAAUAUAUACAUAUGGAGUAAACUCAAAUCUUUUGUGGCUAGGAUUUUUAGUAUUUUACGCUAUAAGAGAGUGUUGUUUGGUUUUGGGUGGGGGCAAUAGAGAUAGUUACGCAGCCUGUUGAUUUCCGGUGUAUCUUCUCAUUCUUAGUAAUGAAUUAUUCAUUCUCAGAUCAAAAAAAGUGCCAUACCGGUUGUACAUGUUAAUGAAACUGCCAGGCAAAAAAUAUGAUGUGCAGAACAGCCACCACCAUCAUAAACAAAACAGAACUACUACACCGUCUUGAAGACGUUUGUUCUAAGGUUGUUUCUUUAUGCAAUUUAAAGUCUUUGAAAGAGGGUGUUUGCAUUCACAGCCCAAUAAUCAAAUUGGGUCUUCAAGAUCAUUUGUAUUUAAACAACAAUCUGCUUUCUCUUUAUAGUAAAUGCUUUAGUGUGGAACAUGCACGCCAAUUUUUCGACGAAAUGCCCUGCAGAGAUGUUGUGUCCUGGACAGGAAUUCUCUCUGCUCACAUUAAGAAUGAGAGACACGAGGAGGCUCUAGAUAUCUUUGAUUUUAUGGUUCUUUCGGGUCCAUAUCCAAAUGCAUUCACUUUCUCAAGCAUUUUACGUUCAUGUUUUGCUCUAGGAGAUUUCAGCUAUGGGAAAAGAAUUCAUGCUUCUUCUAUCAAGCAUGGGUUCGAAUCUAACCAAAUCUUGGGUAGCUCUUUGAUUGACCUUUACUCUAGGUUUGAUUCAACAGAGGAUGCGUGUAAACUAUUUAGUUAUAUGGAUAGUGGUGACACGGUUUCAUGGACAACUGUGAUUGCUUCUUGUGUGCAAGCAGGGAAGUGCAGUCACGCUUUGCGGAUUUAUAUGGAAAUGUUAGAGGCGCAGGUCUCCUCAAAUGAGUUCACUUUUGUUAGACUUUUAGCGGCGUCUAGUUUUAUUGGUUUGCAGUAUGGGAAAUUGAUUCAUGCCCAUGCGAUAGUUUUGGGAGUUAAGCUGAAUUUGGUACUGAAGACAGCGCUCGUUAAUAUGUAUUCAAGAUGCCAGAGGAUCGAAGAUGCUAUUAAGGUCUCAAAGUUGACACCUGAAUAUGAUGUAAUAUUGUGGACUGCUAUUAUCUCUGGGUUGGCUCAGAACAUGAAGUUCCAGGAGGCUGUUGCCGCUUUUCACAAGAUGGAGAUCUCUGGAGUCUCGGCGAGUAAUUUCACAUAUUUGAGUAUGUUGAGUGUUUGCAUAUCAAUUUUAUCACUGGAUUUAGGAAGGCAGAUUCACUCUAGAGUGAUCAGAACUGGCUUGGAGGAUGACGUUCCUGUUGGAAAUGCACUUGUUGAUAUGUAUAUGAAAUGUUCUUGCAUAGUAGAACAUGGAUUGAGAAUGUUUAGAGGGAUAAAGUCGCCUAAUGUCAUCUCUUGGACAUCUUUGAUUGCUGGUUUUGCUGAACAUGGUUUUCAACAGGAUUCUUUAAAUUUAUUUAUGGAGAUGAGGACUGUUGGAGUGCAACCAAAUUCUUUUACUCUCUCUAUCGUUCUUAGAGUAUGCAGUGCCAUUAAAUCUCCAUAUCAAACAUUGAAAUUACAUGGACAUAUAAUCAAGACUAAGGCUGAUUACGAUGUUGUUGUUGGUAAUGCUCUUGUGGAUGCUUAUGCUGGAUCAGGGAGGGUAGAUGAUGCGUGGCGUGUGGUAAAAGAUAUGAACCAAAGAGAUUCCAUCACAUACACAAGUCUUGCCACACGACUCAAUCAAAUGGGCUAUCAUGAACUUGCGCUGAGUGUGAUUAGUCACAUGUUUAAUGCUUAUGUAAAGAUAGAUGGAUUUAGCCUGACAUGCUUCUUUUCUGCAUCAGCUAGCUUGGGCAGAAUAGAAACUGGAAAACAACUUCACUGUUAUUCUCUGAAAUCCGGUUUAAGCUGUUGUCUUUCUGUCGCAAAUGGCUUAAUAGACUUGUAUGGGAAAUAUGGACUUGUGCAUGAGGCACGAAGAGCAUUUACAGAAAUAACAGAGCCGGAUGUUGUGUCGUGGAAUGGACUGAUAUCAGGAUUGGCAUCAAAUGGGCACAUAUCUUCCGCCCUCUCUGCUUUCGAUGAUAUGAGGUUAAGAGGAAUUCAACCUGAUUCUAUUACAUUCUUGUUAGUGCUUUCCACUUGCAGUCAUGGAGGCUUAGUGGACAUGGGUCUCCAGUAUUUCCACUCCAUGAGAGAAAUGCAUGAUGUAGAACCACAAUCUGAUCACUAUGUCUGCUUAGUUGAUAUCCUUGGCCGAGCUGGCAGGCUAGAGGAGGCAAUGAAUAUUAUAGAAACUAUGCCUCUUGAGCCGGAUGCUUCAAUCUAUAAAACUUUGUUGGCUGCCUGCAGGAUUCAUAGGAAUAUGAAUCUAGGAGAAGAUGUGGCAAGGCGAGGUCUUGAGCUUAAUCCACUAGAUCCUGCAUUCCAUUUGCUUCUCGGAAAACUGUAUGAUGAUUGUGGGCGGUAUGAUUUGGGUGAAAAGACUCGCAGAUCAAUAAAGCAAAAGGGUUGGACAGCAAUGGGCAGGGUUCAAGCAGAUGAUAAAAAUGUAACUCUUCCAAAAAGGGCAUAGCUCACGUCUUUAGAAGAUUUUUGAAAUAUUGGAAACCUCAAGCAUCAGGAAACCACAAAAAACGAAGGUUUAUACUGCAAAAUUCCCAACGUGCUACAAAAUAUAAAACAGAGAAGCUUAAGAAAGCCUCUUUCCAUUGCA